AUGCCGCUGUCCCGCCUGUGUCAACGCCCCCUCCUCAUCAGUCUUGUGGUCUUUGUCCCCCUCGCCAUCUACCUACUACUGAUUGUCGGAGGUGCCGGAUCAGCCAUCCCCCGGGAGCGAUCUGCCUGGGCGAGAUCGUGGAACCUGACAUUGAGGAAUCAUCGCGAACUUCUCGACGACCGCUUCACACUUGCGCUGUCCACGUUCCAUAAACCCAAGGAGCUCCAGCACACCCUUGACAUUCUCCUCGGCAACAAGAUCCCCUCGCUGCUGGAAAUCGUCGUCAUCUGGAACGACCGCGAUGAGGAAAUGCCCACCGGCUAUGUCAACCCGCAUGGUGUUGAGGUGCGCUACCGGAAACCGCCUCGCGAUAGCCUGAACGAGAAGCUCUGGAACGCCGUCUUACCGUACCCGCGCCGUUCUUCUCUCUGA